AUGGCAUACCGCCUGGACUCGAUUAAAAUCAUCACGCAAAAUUGCCGGGGCCUGAACCUAGCCGAACGCAGAACCCACCUCCUCAGGGAACUGCAGAGGGACAGAGCAGCUAUCGCUCUUCUACAAGAAACUCACUUCCAGAAGGGAUUGGCUCCGCCGCUGCGCAACAAGCACUACCCCACCAACUAUUUCAGCAAUCACCCCGCAGCUAAGAAAGCAGGGGUUGCAAUUAUGAUAGCCACCAGAGUACAAUUCAGGGAACUGGAUAAAGAGAUAGACGAGAGAGGCAGAUAUGCCUUCAUCAAGGGGGAGAUAUCGGACCGCAGAUACACAAUAGCCACGAUAUACGCACCAAAUCGCAAUCAGGCUCGGUUCUUCAAAUGCACACUAAAGAAAUUAGCGGACUUUACGGAGGGCACGCUGAUAAUUGGAGGAGACUUCAAUGCACCACUAGACCCUAAAAUGGGCUCAUCCACGGGACACAGUAGUAUCCCGCAAAGGGAAAUCAAGAACAUACAUCAAUCAUUAAGGACCCUACGAUUGAUAGACUGCUGGAGAACCUUACACCCACUAGACAAAGAAUAUACCCACUAUUCACUAAUGCACAAAAGGUACUCUAGGAUAGACUUUCUAAUGUUUCAACAGGAGACUGACAAGACUUCAGAAGGCGUCCAUUACCGCAGCGACAUGGUCGGACUAUGGUCAGGUCUCAAUAGACAUCGACUCCCUCUUCACCCGGCCAAUUAAGAAGACCUGGAGACUCAACGACACCCUACUGACUGAUCUAAGAGACCAAAUCACCCAAGCACUAACAACCUACUUCAGUGAAAAUGAAACGGACGAUGUAUCGGACAUGACAGUAUGGGAAGCCCAUAAAAGUGUGAUCUGA